CCCAUCAAGGCGUUUGCUUCGACUGUUCAUAACGUUGGCUUGAAGGCUAUUGUGAUGGGCGGUGCUUUUGAAAUACUCUCGAGUCGAUCGGUAUCCACCGUGGAAAACGUUUGGACGAGUCCUCAGUCUUCGACUGUCCUCGAUGAGCAAGGGCAAAAAGAGAAUGUGGAGUUUCUGGAACCGGAAUCAUACGGAACCCCUCAGUCUCUGUUCGUUGACUUCUUCUUUCACCUCCAUCGCAAUAUCGACCAACUCACUAGGAAAAAGCACCCAGAUGACAUUGAACUGGUGCAGAAUUGCACUGUGAGGAUUGUGCGCAGAAAGGGCAAAUCGGCGCCAUAUAGACAGGUACUCAAAGCUAACGCUGCCUACAUCACGUAUGUUUCUCCCAGACCUCAUCCGGCCGUUCACGUUUAUUACGCAAUCCAGCCGAACCCCAGCAUAUGGAAUGGCGACACAAACUGGAGGAGCCUCGAUUGUCAAGGCCGCGACCUCCUCAAUUCAACCAUCUUGGAUGCCUCUCUCCGGCCGUGCUUUGUAACAAGCACGACUUGUGGAUUUUUUGGCCGUCGUUCCACCGAAAUAAUUGAUCUCUCGGGUACAUUGGUUGCGACGAUUCUUUGGAAGGACAAGGCACUUGAGAUUGGUGGGACAACUGUCAGCAUAAAAUUCAUGAAAUCGAAAGAACCCAAACAUGUUUUUUCUCUCAAGCGGUCCUAUAGGGAUUGGCAACGUUACUGGCAAUGGUGUACUUCAAGCCCCCAGUAUUCAAUUGAAUACGGACGACGAGAAUGGACGGCCACUGAUUGCGCCAAUUAUUCAAACUGCGCCGUCUUCACCUCCUAUAAACGUCGUUACUUUAAGAAGUCUCAGCCCGCUACCUUCACCACGGAGGAGGCAUUGCCGGAAAAAGAAGCACUCUUCCUUCUUCUAGCUAUGCUCAAGAUGGAGACACGGAGAAUAGAUUUGCAGGAAGUGGGUGAUCUUGCGUUUCCUCUUCUUGUUUAUCAAUUGGAGUUUACACUGGCUUUCCCUUAUCAGGCUCAAACAGCAAACUAUGCAUUUGGGGUGAAAGCGGGUGAAGGGAUGAGGUGGAAUUUCACUUUGGAUGUCUAA